AUGAAAUUGCUAAUCUAUGAAGAUUGGAAGAAUUCUGCUUCAUCUAGAGAUAAUUUCACAUUCUAAUAAGAGGUGAAAAUAUAAUCAGAAUGUUAUCAAAUAGCACGGGACUUUGAAAUUCUUUUAUAAAACAAUGAACAUAGCACAUUCAAUCAUUAUUUUUAAAAGGCACUUUCAAUAUUCCACAGAUUUGCUCAUUAAAUUUCUUUCAAGAAAUUCAAUAGACAUAUUUAUAUGGCAGCUUGUUUAUUUUUAUCAGCUAAGGAUAAUGAUAUGUUUGAUUGGUCUGUUAAGAGAUAUACAAAUGCUUUUAUUAGUUAUUGUAUAUCUAAAAAAACAGUAGAUCUUGAUGGUUUAAAGAUAGAAAACGAUGACUAAAACACUUUUAAAUUAAUUUCUGAAAAGAUUAUAGAUGCAGAAUCUCAUAUUUUAUAGAUGAUAGGUUACGACUUAAAUAUAGUAGUUCCAUAGAUAUACUUUCAGGAAGCAAAAAAUAAAUUAAUUGCUACAUAAGGAGAUAUUUAAUAGCUAUUUGAAUUCGCUUAGAAAUACUUAUUAGAUUUAUUCCUCAAUAAUGCAUGUUUAUAUUAUGAGCCAAAAAUAAUUACUCUUUGUGCAAUAACUAUGGCUAGCAAAUUAUUAAAAAUAACAAUAGCAGAUUUAUCUAAUGGAAAUCCUUGGAAUUCAUUAUUUGAUCAAAACUAAGAAUCAAAUAUUUAGACUUAAAAAGAAAUAUAAGAAAUGACUAAUUAUUUCGAUUAAUGCAUAUAAAUUCUAAAAAGCUGA